AUGCACAGACUCCAGAGGAGCCAGACACCAGGACAUACACAGUUGCAGCAGGGCCUUGAAGGCUGGCCAUCUGCGGUCUGCAAGGAAUUACUUGUGAGAAGACUUACAGCAAAGAGAGGGACUGUGCUGCUUGAAGCCAGGGGCUGGCCUGGGAAAGGGAUGGGGUGGGCCGCUGGCCCGAAGAUCGGGUGCGGUGGUGGGGCUGAGAAGGAUGGAGGCACAGUUGUGGGUGGCAGCGCCCCUGCUCCACCAGCUGGCAAAAAGCGACCAGAGGAGUCACAGGGACACCCAUGA